AUGGACGGUUACUCUUUUGACACGUAAGUCACUAGUCUGUCCAACGGAGUUGCUCGGCGCGGCUCGUCACGUAUCGCCCCACUUGAGGCUCUGCGCGAGCCCACUGGACCGUGAUCAUUGUUCUGUAAGGGCCAGCUAGCCAAGACCUUCCCUUCAGCGCUAUGUCCCUUCCUUCCCAUUCAAUCUCUGGCUCAAAAAGGUUACUUACACCCUCCAUACGUCCCACAGGCAAGCCAUUCACGCCGGGAUCGACAUCGAGAACCGCCCCUUCAACACGGUAGCCCCGCCCCUGUUUCCCUCGGCGCCCUUCUCGUUCACCGAUGCCCAGCAUAUCAAAGACAUCAUGGCGCAAAAAACCAAGGCUUUCAUCUAGUCGCGCGUCAACAAUCCGACCGUCGACCCCCUCGAGAAACGUUUGACCGCUUUGAAAGGAGGCAUCGCGGCGAUUGCGACUAGUUCAGGAAGCUCGGCGAUUUUGACCCACGCUUUGUCCUUGUGCAAGAGGGGGGACGAGGUUGUGUUGCCUUACAAGCUCUACGGCGGGACGAAUCAUGCGUUCAGGAUUGGUACCCACGAUUGGGCAUCAAAGGUGGGUUACAUCAGAUAUUUGAAUUAUCGGUAUGAUUUUCUGACCUUCGACUCCUCACUCUGCAAAAUUUCGUCUACCACAGGGGUGUUCGUCGACUCAGCAGACCCAAAGGACUUCGAAUCCGAACUCAAAGACAGCAGUAAGUCCCGAUUGUUCCUUUUAGCUUCGUUCGCAACGCUCAAUGUUUGCUGGCAAAGUUAGCUUUCGCUCAGCUGAUUCUGGGUGGAGCCUUUACAGCACUGCGGGCCAAUGGCUGCGAGUUUGCUCGCCAUCGUGCGCCAGAGUUGAAGCGUUCGCUCAGAGACUGCUCGGUAGAGCUGUGUGUGCCUACUAGCUUGUGGUCAAGCUGCGCAUGGAGACCGUGAGUCUGGUCGUGUUUGAGGCCUAAAAAUAUGGUGAACCAGACGGUGUAUAUUGCUCUUGACAGAUACGAGAAUCGGGGGCUUGUCUCUCCCCGUUUGCUGCUUGGCAGAUCCUUCAAGGCAUCGAAACCCUGGGCGUCCGCAUGGAACGCCACACCAGGAAUGCUCUUGCUCUCGCGCAGUGGCUCCAGCAGCAGGACACGGUCGAAUCGGUACCCCAUCCAGGUUUUUCUCACCACCCGACCUACGAAGUCGCUCAACUUCUCAUGCCCAAGGGUUCUGGCGGUAUGGUCUUGUUUGCGAUGAAGUAUGACUUGAAGGGUGACCGGACGAGCCAUCGUUGAUACCACCAAGCUUGCCUACCAUUGCGGUACGUGAGGUUUAUUUACUGGUUUUCGGGUAUCACAUCUACGCUCACGUGCCUCACGUUUACAGGCAAUGUGGGAUGUGCGCACGCUCGUUAUCAACCCAGCGUUUUCCAUUCAAAGCCAGUGAGUGGAAAUCGUCAGAAUUGGAUCGUCCAGAGGCCCAAGCUGAGCGCCGAACUUUCUUCGCACAGACUUUCGAAAGACACGUUGAUCCAGAACGGGUCUCCGGACAAUGUUGUCCGAGUGAGUGUCGGAUUGAAAGACAUCCAGUACAUCAUUCACGGUAGGUGGCACGGUAUAAAAUUCGUCGCACCUCUGAAGCUGAGUGAGUCCCUGUCCCUCUUGCGGUGGCAGACUUUGCACAAGCCAUAG